AUGCUAUUUCUAAAUAGUUUUGUUGGACUUUUAAAAAUAUCGAUUGUAUUUAUUUUAAUUCUGGCUAUCGCUAUUCCAAUACGAUAUGGAUCAACAGAUUAUCGAUAUCUUCGUAUUCGUUUGGUUCAUUCUCUAUUAUCAUUAAAAUAUUCUUUUAUAUCCGAUCAAACUCGACCAACGCUUAGUGCAAGCUAUCUUGCCAUUGAAACUAUGCUUCGUCUACAACCUCCAUUCAAUCAUAAUCCAUCAGUAGAUUCACUUACUAUGGUAAACAAUUUACGUUCAUUAGUUAAUGAGAAUAUUAUUACUCCAAAACCAUCACAAUGUUCAAUUAGUAAGGAAAUAUUCGAUUAUGAUCAACAUUCAGUAGAUGCUUAUUGGAUUAAUUAUCCUUCGAAAAAUUUUCAAAAAGAAACUGAUAAUUUAUUAUUAUAUUUUCAUGGUGGUGGAUAUAUGGUUGGAAAUAUUCAAGUUUAUACUGGAUAUGAAUGUCAUUUGUCUAAACUUUUCAAUAUGACUGUACUUCAUUUGGAAUAUCGUCUUUGUCCUGAAUAUCCACUACCUGCAGCGACGAAAGAUUCAUUAGCAAUCUAUCGUGCUCUUCUUCAUCAUAAUAUUUCGUCAUCUCAAAUAAUAUUUAUGGGUGAUUCAGCUGGUGGUGGUCUUGCUUUAUUGACAAUUCAAGCAUUAAUUGGUAAAGAAUUACCUAUUCCUCGUGGUAUUAUUGUUCUAUCACCAUGGACUGAUCUUUCACAAUCUGGAGAAAGUCAUACUCGUAAUAAACAUAUUGAUGUAGUACUUCGAUUCGAUAAUAGUGACUGGUUGAUGAAUCAAUUAUUUGAUUCUAAUCAAACUGAAUUAUCCGCUGAUAAUGCUAUUUUUAGUCCUUUAUUCGGUUCAUUUGAAAAAUUUCCACCAAUGUACAUUAAUGUUGGAACAGCAGAAAUAUUAGAAGAUGAUUCAAGACGAUUAUGGAAAAAAGCAAAAGAAGUAAAUGUUGAUGUUACAUUUGAAGAAGGUUUACAUCUGAUGCAUGCUUAUCCAACAUUUUUUCUUUACUGUCCUGAAGCACAAAGUACACUCAAUAAUAUUAAAAAAUGGAUUCAAACAAUAUAUGAUUGA